AUGGCUCCGACAACGCUCUCUGACGCCUUCUCUCCAACCUCGUCGUCGCCCGCCGUUAUCGUGCCCGGAUCGCCUGCGCUUCAUGUCUCCUACCAGAAGCUCACUACCGAUGUGAAGGCGUUCCAGGCGCAGCUGGCCAAGGUUGGCGUGUCUGCGCAAGCAGCCGUCUCCAUUGCGCUCCCCAACACCUACGAGUUCAUUGUCUCCUUCAUUGCUGCAUCAUGGCAAAGGGCAAUCGCAGCUCCCCUAAACCCAGCGUAUAAGCAGUCUGAGUUUGAGUUCUACAUCGACGAUCUCAGCUCGGCGAUAGCUCUGGUUCCCAAGGGUGCUUUCGCGCAAGAUGCGGCGGCUGUCAGGGCAGCGAGGAAGUACCAGGCGGCCAUCGCUGAAUGCUAUUACAACGGAAAGGAGGUCGUUCUGGACGUGAAAGAGCUUGGCAAGCUUGCUGGCAAGAGUUCGCCGGUUUUGUCUGCGCAGCCGGAUGAUGUCGCUCUUGUACUACACACCAGCGGCACCACUGGACGCCCCAAGGCAGUGCCACUUACGCACCGUAACCUCCUGCGCACCAUGCAGAACAUCCAGGGAACCUAUGAGCUGACACAUGCGGACCGCACUAUGCUGGUAAUGCCUCUAUUCCACGUGCAUGGCUUGCUCGCUGGGUUUCUCGCGCCCUUGGCUUCUGGUGGUUCAGUUGUUGUGCCACCGAAGUUCUCCGCAUCCGAGUUUUGGAAGGACUUCAAGGAGCACAAGGCCAACUGGUACACGGCAGUACCCACCAUUCAUCAGAUCUUGUUGAAGAGUCCCAUUCCAAGCCCGGUGCCUGCGAUUCGCUUCAUCCGUUCAUGCUCGUCUCCCCUCUCCCCGAAGACGUUCCAUGAAAUCGAAAAGGCUUUCAAGGCGCCUGUGUUGGAGGCUUACGCAAUGACCGAGGCCGCGCACCAGAUGACGAGCAACCCACUCCCUCCUGGCCAGCGCAAACCGGGCAGUGUGGGACUUGGCCAAGGCGUUGAGAUCAAGAUCCUGGAUGAUGCUGGCGACGAGGUACCCCAGGGUAAGGAGGCUGAGAUCUGCAUCCGUGGUGAGAACGUUACCAAGGGUUACCUGAACAACCCGACUGCGAACGCCUCAUCAUUCACUAAGGGCGGCUUCUUCCGCACUGGCGACCAAGGCAAGCAAGAUGAAGAUGGCUACGUGAUUAUAACUGGCCGCAUCAAGGAGCUGAUCAACAAGGGUGGCGAGAAGAUCAGUCCUAUCGAGCUUGACAACGUGAUCGCGCAACACCCUGCUGUGUCCGAGGCCGUCAGCUUUGCGCUAGAGGACGAGAUGUACGGACAAGACGUCGGUCUUGCGGUCGUUGUCAAGGAAGGUCAGAAGCUGUCCGCGGGCGAGCUGAAAACCUGGCUGACCGAUCGCGUUGCCAAGUUCAAGCUGCCAAAACAGGUCUUUUUCACAGACAUCAUGCCCAAGACGGCAACUGGCAAGAUCCAGCGCCGCCUCGUUGCAGAGGCCAUGCUCAAGCAGCUCAAGGCCAAGAUCUAA